AAAGUUAUAAAAUACCAGACGGCCCAGUUAUAAUUAUGGUGAUAAAACAGGGUUGAGAUGGAAAGAAUGUGCAGGUCAUCGCUUUGACCAGUAGGUGGCGGUAAUGCACGUAAAGACGUAGGCAACAGCAAUAAAACCACAAAGAAGUAAAAUCUCCUGCAGAAGCUAGCAGGUUGUAGCAGCAGCGCUGUAAACCAUCACCAGGCUGUGGAAACUUUCUUCCCCUCCUCAACAACUUGGUACCAGAGAAGAUAUUCUGCGGUCUUCGUGACAAUCGGAGCUCCAGAAUCAGGUUGUGGAUUGAAGAGGUUCCCUCUAUCAGACUCGCUCAUCUGAGCUGGUCAUGAUGCAGGAUCUGUACUUCUGAAGGGAAAACCAAGAGGAUCUGGCUGCAAACAACAAGAUGACGGAAAUGGCGCUGGUUAAAGAAGAAGCUCCUGAAGAACAGAGUGAUGGUGUGGAUCAGCAGGACCCAGAACAUCUUCACAUAAAGGAGGAACAGGAGGAACUCUGGAUCAGUGUGGAGGGAGAGCAGCUCCAUUUGAAGAAGGAGAUUGAUGUGGUCGAGUUUCCACUCACUACAGUUUCUAUAAAGAGUGAGGAUGAUGAAGAGAAACCUCUGUUCUCAGAGCUUCAUCAGCAGCAAACAGAAGACGGUGAUGUCCCAACCAGCAGCUCAGCUGACCAGAUUACAGCAGAAACUUGGAGGAGCCCAGAUCUAAACCCAUGUGAACAGACAGAUACUUCAGAGACUGAAGUUAGUACCGUGGAUGAAGAGAAUGGUGAUGUGAAUCUAGACUCUGAGCUGUCAGACUUCUGGCCUGAAAAUGACGAUGACUGGAAUGAGAGCAGGACUUCUGACUCAGAUGUUAAAAAAACUAUCAACAAAUCCUUUAGCUGCUCUGAGUGUGGUGAACAUUUUCUCCGCAGGUGGUCUCUCCAGAUUCACGUGAGAGAGACGAGUCAUUCAGCGAUAGGGUCUUCAGGCUGUUUGGUUGAUCAGAAAUGUGAUGUAGAGAAGCAACAUGUAGACUCAUGCAGGAAUGUCAAAACAAAACUAAAAUUAUUUAGUUGUGAUGACUGUGGAAAAAUAUUUAAGGGAAAAUCAAAUUUAAACACACACAUGACAGUUCAUACAAGAGAGAAGCCUUUCGCGUGUGAGCUGUGUGGACAAAGAUUUAGCCGAAAGGCAAAUAUAGACGAACACAUGAGAAUCCACACAGGACAGAAGCCUUUUGCUUGUGAGGUAUGUGGACAAAGAUUUAGCCGAAGGACAUAUUUAAUCCAACAUACGACAGUCCACACAGGGCAGAACCCCUUUGCUUGUGAGCUUUGUGGACAAAGAUUUGGCCGUAGGACAACGUUAAACAAUCACAUACGAGUCCACACAGGUGAGAAGCCUUUUGUUUGUGAGCACUGUGGACAAAGAUUUAGCCAAAAGGCAAGCUUCAACAGACACAUGAAAGCCCAUACAGGACAUAAGCCUUUUGCCUGUGAGCUCUGUGGACAAAGAUUUACACGAAAGACAACUUUAGGCAUACACAUGAGACUCCACACAGGACAGAAGCCUUUUGCCUGUGAGCUCUGUGGACAACGAUACACCCAAAAGUCAAAUUUAAAUGUACACAUGAAAGUCCACACAGGACACAAAUAAGUCUUUGGACAACAAUGGUACUAAAAGUGACCCAUGUCAGGGGUGGACCUUUAAAGCACCUGAGCGCCAAUGGCGCUAAAUUUUCUCGUCGGGCGGUAAAUACUUGACGCCUGGGUGGCGCCCAAACCUUGUUUGUCAUUUAUACACCAGCUUUCACCUACAUCAUGGCCGCCGCGCCCUGUAAGAAGCCGCCAUUAUCGUUUCGCGAGCGUGAACCUGCGCGCCUCUAGCCACGUACUGCACUUGUACGAUUCGUGCACGUACUGCACGAUUCUAGUUAUAGUCACGUGAACUAUAAGUUCACUAUUAAAGACGAAGUGGAACAAUGCUAGAAACACACAAGCACGCAGGAAGAUGGUGCCACCACAGGGAUGGGAUUUCUUGAUGAAAUCUCCGGCAAAAUGCUUUAAAACUGGUAAGGAGAAGCGAGACAGUUCGAAACGGUAUGAAGCAGAGAAGCGUGUGCGUAGGUGGAAUGAUUCUUGGCGGUUUAAAGAAGAUGGGAGGUGCAGAGAAUGGCCGUGUUCGAGUUGAGCAGCGCCUCGCCUGGAAAACAGACAAGAGCAGACGGAAGCAGCAGGGGGAGUGGCUGAAAGCCGGCGUUUGGUCGGACAGAUUUCCCUACAUGUGUAGCUCGGGGGUGACGAUGGCUGAAGAUAUUGCGUUAGAGUCGGUGAGAGUUCAUACUUGUUUAAUUAUUUAUUUUAAUUCUGUUGCCUGUUAGCAGCUGAAACACAUCCUCAUGGAUGGAUAUCUUAUAUUGUUUAUGAAGACAGGACUGUAAUAAUAAGUAAAGGUUAUCAGCUGUAGCUUUAGUGUGCUCAUAGGAAACGUGACAAAAGAACACAAAUCACAUUUCUCUUUAUGGCCUAUAGAGUUAUCAUCAACAUAACAUGAUUUACAGAAUACAUGUGACCAACUAACAUUUCAUGUUCUACCACCGGAUGUUUGGAUCAAAAUAUGAACCAAUCAGAUCUUAGAUCAGGUGAGAGCCAGGCGUUUCCCGUCAUCUAGGUUUUGCAGCCGGUGGAGAGCAACUGCAGCGCCUUGUUCCAAAAUCUGCGGCCGCCUUGAUCUCACGAGGUUAUCGUUGCCUACGUAGGCAUGUCGUCAGAGCAAGUCGGCGUCAAGUCGGAUACAAAUCUAACCGGCAUGCACUGCCCGCCGAUCACCGCUGGUCUAAUCUGCACAGAACUGGCUUAUCUCGAACACAGCCAAUGGCUCGAGUACAGCAAAGCGGAGUUGGUAAUGUACUGUGUUGUGUGCCGGAAGUAUGUGACAACAAAAUUGUGUUUUGUUGAGGAAACAAACAAAUUCAAACUUGAAUACGUUAUUAUGUUUGUGAAUGUGUACAAAAUAAAGGUUUAUUACAUUUAAAA